GUGGUAAACAGGAAGUGCACGCUCCGGGCUGGGGCGCCGCUCAGGUAGGCUCCUCUCGGGACCCGGGGCCCCCGGAGUGGGGGACCCUUGUCAGUGAUCGAGCCUCCACCCGGCUGUUGUACUGGUGGCUCACACUGGGGGGAACCUUUUUUCUGCCAAAGGCCGUUUGGAUAGUUAUAACAUCAUCCCCGAGCCAUACAGAAGUAUCAACUUAAAACAUUAGCCUGCUGUGUUUUCUCCGGCUAAUUUGGCGAGGCGUGUGAUGUUAGCUGGUAUUGAUUUCGGCGGAGGGCCAGACGUUCCCCACCCCUGCAAGGUACCCUUGCACCUGCGGGAAACAUUUGAAGAAAAUGACACAUUGGUUUCAUAGAAACCCAUUAAAAGCCACAGCUCCUGUUUCCUUUAACUACUAUGGCGUAGUCACUAGUCCUGCUGCUUCAAAAAUUUGCAGCGACUUGAGAUCAUCCAGAGCGCGGCUGCUUGAAUUGUUCACUGAUUUGAGCUGUAAUCCAGAAAUGAUGAAGAGUGCAGCAGAUUCAUAUUUUUCACUUUUACAAGGUUUUAUAAAUUCAUUGGAUGAAUCUAGCCAAGAAAGUAAGUUACGAUAUAUUCAAAAUUUCAAGUGGACCGAUACAUUACAAGGACAGAUUCCAAGUGCCCAGCAGGAUGCUGUUUUUGAAUUAAUUUCCAUGGGAUUUAAUGUAGCUUUGUGGUACAGCAAAUAUGCCUCAAGACUGGCUGGGAAAGAGAACAUAACAGAAGAGGAAGCAAAAGAGGUCCAUCGAAGCCUGAAAAUUGCAGCUGGAAUUUUCAAACAUUUAAAGGAAAGCCAGAUCCCAAAGCUCAUCACACCUGCAGAAAAGGGGAGAGAUUUGGAAGCGCGUCUGCUGGAAGCUUACCUCAUCCAGUGCCAGGCCGAAGCCCAGGAAGUAACAAUUGCUCGCGCAAUCGAGCUGAAGCAUGCUCCCGGGCUCAUAGCUGCGCUGGCCUAUGAAACAGCCAAUUUCUAUCAAAAAGCUGAUCAUACUUUAUCCAGUUUGGAGCCAGCAUACUCUGCUAAAUGGAGAAAAUACCUUCUCUUGAAAAUGUGCUUCUACACAGCUUAUGCUUACUGUUACCACGGUCAGACUUUGCUGGCCAGUGAUAAAUGUGGUGAAGCAAUCAGGUCUCUCCAAGAAGCAGAAAAAUUCUAUGCAAAGGCAGAAGCAUUAUGCAAAGAAUACGGGGAAACCAAAGGACCUGGACCAACAGUCAAGCCUUCAGGACACUUGUUCUUUAGGAAACUUGGAAAUCUUGUGAGGAAUACCCUAGAAAAAUGUCAGAGGGAGAAUGGGUUCAUCUACUUCCAGAAAAUUCCAACAGAAGCCCCACAACUGGAACUCAAAGCAAAUUAUGGCCUCGUAGAGCCUGUGCCUUUCGAAUUUCCUCCUACAAGUGCGCACUGGACCCCAGACACGCUGGCUGCAUUUGACCUCACGAAAAGGCCCAAGGACGACAGUACCAAGCCCAAACCGGAAGACGUGAAACCGGUGAAAGAACCAGACAUCAGGCCUCAGAAGGACACGGGGUGCUCCGUCUCCUAAGAUGCGCUCGUGCACUGGAGUCUCUCUGCUAGUGUAAAGAUGCGUGUGGGCCUGUCCUCAGUCCACAUGGCUUGAAGUGAUUUCUCUGAAGCCUGUAGAGUAAUUUAGUACAUUCAGAGGGGAUCUUGAGUUCAGUUGUUCUAGAUGUUUAAUCUUCUGGAAGACGUUUCACGCUCUGUUCCCACACUCCUUUUUAACCAGGACAACACGGGGAAGACUUCUGCCUCUGAAGAGUGUAGGUGAGGGUUGGGUUUUGUUUUGGGGUUUUUUCCCCCCGAGCUCUGGGUAGUUAUGUUACAGGUUAAUAUAGUAUAGGCCAGACUCGGGUAUGUUUUUCUCUCCACAAAAAGCUUAUUUUCCUUCCAUUUAUUUGAUACCAGAAGAAUGACGAGUCUGUUUUCGGCAGGCAUUUUUCUCUUCACCAUCUUGUUAAUUGAAGCACAGACUAAUGUUCUGAGUUAGUUCUCUUUUCCGGAAGGGGGAAAAGUCACUUAUAGUUAAAGAUCAGAGAACUUGUCUACCCAAUCACUUACGUACGUUCGUGUCCAGAACUCACGCAGAAAUCAGUGUCUGUGGGGCGUGGAGACUGGGUGGGAACUGACUCCUGUCCCUGCGUUUGUUUCAGCCUCAGCGAACCCACAGGGCUUUACGGCCCUUUCUUGUGGGUUUCACUCCGAGGACAACUUGGUAGCAGCUCGGAAUGUCUCCAUGUGAAGGGAGACGGGAUGAAAGGGUUUUGAAGUUGCAUGAUAUCAAGGAAAACUAGAAACCUAAAGGAGAUGGUUGUCCUGAAUUACACUGGUGACUCUGCUUUGUUAGAGAAGUUAGAGUAAAAUGCUUUUGUUACCUGAUUUCUGUGCUUUGUUUUUAUAUGGUUUUCUCAUACACAGAUACCGUCAGAACUGUAUUGCUUUAGGCCAAAGGCCAUAGCAAAAACUUCAUAGAGCAACAGAUACAGUAUGAUCUCAAAAAUAGCUUGUAAUAUUUAAAACAGUUCUGUAUAUACACGAACUUGGGAUAUAUUGGAUGCACAUACGUUAACAAAAGUCAUAACAUCUGUAGGGUAUUCUUUUGAUUAUUCUCCUGGGGCAUUAGCUAAUUUUUCUAUUAUAAAUGGAUUGACUCGCUUAAUAAAAAUAAUAAAAGUAGUGUAUAUUGAGAGCUAACUGUGCGCCAGACACUGCACUGAGCACUUACACAGAUAAACCUUUGAAUCCACGCAGCAGCUCAGAAACAAGAUCUGCAUGAAGUGUCGAAAUAGGAAUAAACAUUUCAUUUUGAAGAAUGAAUAGAUUAUGCCUGUCUGAA